AGCUGCACCUGGAAAGAAGGAAGAAAAAGCAACCAAGACAGUGGAGCAAGAAAUUAUGAAAGAAAAAUCUGAGAAGACAUCUUCAGUUUCAAAGGAAAAAGAAAAAUAGCCUUGGGGAGGUGGUGAAAUCAUGCAUGUACAAGACCCUGACACUACAAAAAUAAAGUCUACUAAAGGAAAAGAUGUGAAGAUUCCAGCUUCACUAAGGGGUAAAGAACCUGAAAUUAAAAAAGAUGAAAAGAUGCCCAGAGCAGGCAAAGAAGUCAAGCCUAAGCCUCCACAGACACAACCAAAAAAAGAAGAGAAACCAGAGCCACAAGCUAAAAAGGAAGUAAAACAAGAACAACCUGUCCUGAAACUGGAAAAGAUAGUUUCUCAUGGUAAACCAGAAGAAAAAGUUGCCAAGCAAGUAAAAGCUACCAUAACAGAAAAAGCAGUCAAGUCAAAACAAGCAAAAAAAGCUGAUCAGGAAAAAGAAUCUCCAUCUAUAAGAACAGAAGCUGCUCUAGAAGUCACAGGAUCAGAGAAAAAGAAAAUUGAGAAAUAUGAAAAGGAACGUAAAGAAAAAGAGAAAUCAAAGCAUCCAAAGGAAGAAAAAGGAAAAGAUACUAGAGAUUUACCAGCUUCAGUGAAAGCUAAAGAGGUAGCUGAAGAUGUGUCUUCCACAAGGAAACAGAAAAGCCCUAUCAGUUUCUUCCAAUGUGUCUACUUGGAUGGAUACAAUGGCUACGGAUUUCAAUUUCCUGUCACUCCUGCCAACAAUCCUAUAGAGAGUCCUGGACAACGAAGUUCUCCAAAACAGAAGCCGCAAGGACAAUGAGCACAUGCAUCACCCUUACAAAUGUUUUUAAGACUGAAAAUAAGAUAUCUGUCCACAAUAGCACAAUUGAAGCUAAAUCCAGGCAGUUUAUUACUUUAUUUAUUAAUAUUUUAUUCUUCUGCCUGAUGAAAGCAGAAAGAGUGAGCAAAGAGAUUGUAUGAUAGGCAAACAUGUUGAAGGGUCUGGUGCUUAUGAAUCUAUUACUUUUAUUUGCUUCUAGGUGUAGUUGCUUAUAUUUUUCUAUUUCUGUUCACUAUAAGAUUGUCCACACAUUGAAGUUUACUUAAUAAUGGUCUUUUAAGUGUUAUCAUCACAACCGCAAAAUGAAAUUCCUAACUUCAGUUAAGUAUAUGUUUUUAAGUGGAAACACAGACUAUGCUUUUAGUUUAAAAGGUACAAGAGUUUAUACAAAAGCUACUGUUUAAUAUAAUACAUACAUAUACCUAACCUAAAUAUGCCCACUACAUUAAUGCUUAAAAGUUUAUAUCUAUUUGUGUCUAUCUCUAUAGUAGUUUUGACUAUACUGUUAAGAAUAGAGUUGUAGUAAAGAAUGCUGAAUAUCCUUUGUGAUGCUCUUAAAGCUCAAAAUAGCCAUAAAAGUUAGACAUGAUAAAACAGAGUAGAAAGUUUUGAUAAAUCUUAUGUCUAAUAUUUAUCUUGAAUGACAAUUAAGACAUUCACACUACGGGGAAUACACUACUCAAUAAGGCACAUCUGGUGAAUCAUUUAUUUAAAUAUAAACAAAUGAGAUCUUGAAUUUUCAGAUUUGCCCAGAUUGUGUUCAUAGGAAAAUGUCACCUGGGUGAAAUUUUACAUCAGUCCCUAAAUUUGGGUGGCAAAUGCAGAAAUAUUUUCAUUUCACAUUAGUCUAAUCAUUCUGUGGAGUAAGUUUUUCCUCAAAAAGGAAAAAUAUGAAGCAGACAAAAAACUGAAGGAAGAUAUAUUAACCAUAAGUACUUCAAGAGAUGUCUUACUUGUGUUUUAAGUAAUCGGUUAUCAGAGCCAAUGAAAUGACAAUUUUUCACUUACUUGACAAUGACUCACUGGGAAUGGCCAUUACGGUUUAUGAUCAUCUAGACUCCCAGUCACAGACACAUUUCAUCACACUUUUCCUAUCAAUACUAAUAGUCAUGCCACUGUGACUUUUAUUAUGUUUACAGUUGUAACUCAGCUUAUGACAAAUUAGCUCAAAAAAUAAAUAAAUUAUAUUUUCUGACAUAAUUGUUUUCAGUAAUACCAGAGACAAGCAUGGCCCAUAUUAGCCAACUGAUUAAUUUCUAAGAACUGUAAGUUCUUAAUGUCUGUUAAACUAAAAGAUCACUAGGCUAGGGCAUCAGGUACUUGUUUAUUCUUAAUAAUGGAUUUUCAGUGAUUUUUAUGAAAGAAUUUGGUCCUAAUCACAUGCUAGUGAACCUAGGACACACAAAAAUCAUGAACCAAUAGCAAUGACAAUCCUUAUGCAGGGGUCUGGAAGUAUCUCAUUUUGGGAUAAUCAGAUGAUGUUAUCUUCUAAAAGCCCUUGAUGCAGCAAUAAGACUCAUAGGCAGUAUAAUGAAAAACUUUAUUGACCAUCUCCUCAUCCAGUUGCACCAUUUUAUGAGUAAAUAAAUGAAGUGAGAAGGUUAUCAAAGAAGAUGACUAAUUCGUUAGCUUUUUUAUUUAAUGAAUACUUAUUGAGUAUUUGUUCUUUUGAGGGCACUGUGUUAGUAUAAGAAAAAUACUAGAGUGAAAUUAUAGCCCCAGUGUUUUUCUGAUUCAGUGGGUUGCUUUGAGAAAUUACUCAUUAUACUAUAUAAUUUCCCAAUGAGUUAAUAAGGAUAUUAAGACAAACAACCCGACAUUUACAGAGAUUUACAAAAUGCCACAAUAUAUAAUGACAUUGUAAUGCAUUUCUGAAAUAACACUUUUGUAAGUUACAUUCAUUUUCCUCUAAGAACUUUCUGCAUUAUGUUAUUUCUUUCACUCUCAUUAUGAAAACUGAUAAAAAGACAAUAUAUUGAAUUUAUAAUUUAUAAGCUAUAAAUUAUAAUAAGUAAUAAAAUUUGUUAAGAAUUAUUUUUGAAAGUUACUAUAAUGAUAGCAUUUUGAAAAUUUUAACUAACUUCACAUCUGUUUGUAUGGUUCCUCAAAUAAAAUGCUUCAAAUGCU